UCUGUGCCUGGUUUCAACAGUACAGAAAUGGCGACUUUGCUCGCAGGCGAACAGUAUGGAUUAAAAUCGUCGGAAAAUUCGAGGCAAAAUAAGUCGUUUGUGUUCGUCAAACUUACGGAUUCGGCGUACCGAGCAAUAGAAGAGUACAUUAGGAAUUCGAAUAAAAUUAGCCAGCAUCCAACUAUCAAGUUCCUAGAAAGUGAAGGGCUUUUGUCAUUCCCGUCGCCACAACCCAACAAUGGCCAUACGUUCAAAUUCAGCAUUAGUAGUGUUGCCGACAUCGAGGGCUCCCAAGGAAGCUUCAUGUGUGUCCGGCAGAAUGGACCCCGCUCGCUGGACGCGCUGGGCACUCUGCAGAGCAAGAUGCAGAUCCAAGCCAAGGAGGAUGUGUACGAGGCAGCCAGGAAGAACUGGGUCGCUGCGGAGCAGAAGCAGAAGAAGAACUGCACUCAGGUGAUCAAAGCGAACGGCCCAGACAUCGGACGCAAGGUGAAGAGGGUGCAGAAGGCCGGCGGCAACAAUCUGUCGGGGUUGGUGCCAAGACGAGAGCCGUCGCCACCAAUCUACCGCCACAAAAUGACGCCGUCACUGCCCCACCUUGUGUCCAGUUCCAAUAACACAAACCUACCAUCACGACAUAGCAAACCCUCUGCCAAACUUGACAUCUUGAAAAGUCCGUUGAGAGAGAGGCUAAUUCACUUGCUUGCUUUGAGGCCAUUCAAGAAAAUAGAAAUAAUUAAUAGGAUUAGUAAUGAUGGCAUAAGAAUGAAGGAGAAGAACUCUCUGAGCAUGGUACUUAAACAGGUCGCUCACCUACGUGAUAAUACCUACCAUCUCAACCACAGUCUGUGGAACGAUGUGCAGGAAGACUGGCCCUUUUACUCUGAACAGGACAAACAAGUGCUCAAGCGGCGGAAGCCCCAAAACCUGACCCCUCCCGGCAGCGACGGAGGCAGCUCCUCCGGCUCGGGCCAGUCGCCGACCAGUACGCACCCUGGCAGUCCCCCGUCCAUAAUCUCGUCGUCCGACCUCUCUGCCAAGCGGCCCGGUUACUAUGACGGCGCUGACGGACUCAUUACCAAGAAGCCGCGCAUCUCUCACUACCGGAGACCAGAGCCAAUCAGCAUGCCUGUGUCCUCGUCACAGCAGCACCGGGCGCCCUCGCCGCUCCUAAGCCUUGCCCCUCGUGGUAUGGACAUCAUCGAGCCGAGACGGUCGAUGACCUCCUUAGAGCCGACGAGGGAACCUGUUGUCAAGGAGUCGUCCAGGGAGCCCAAAGUUGCGAAUCAAACCAGUCGGAGUAGUUGUCCCAGGGUCACCUCCACCAGCUGCAGCCCAGACAGUCAACUAGAAGGUUUGGACAAAUCGGCAGUUGUGAUUCACAAGCCGGACACCCCUCCUGCUGACGACUACCUCUUGAAAUACACAACGAUAAGGACCCCGGAGCAACGCAACCAGUACAAGGCCGAGUUCAACGCCAAGUACGGAGAGUACAGGAAACUGCACUCCAUCGUUGAACAGGUUGCUCAAAGGUUCAAUGCUCUUCAAGAGCAGCUCAAGAGGGAAGAAAAUGGCAGCGAGGGGUGGAAGACUCUGAAAAAUCGGAUUAUGAAAGAGUAUGAGGAGAACAAAAGCAACUCCAAGUACCAAAAUGCUAAGCAACGACUCAAUCACCUGCACGAGAUGCUGUCCCAUGUCAAGCAUCUGGUCCAGGCGUAUGAUGUGAGCAAUGCCAGACAGCAGCAGCCUUCCUCCUAUUACUGACAAACCGAUGCUAUGCUGACCCUGCGAUGGACUGGACUGACUCUUCAUGAUUGCCUUGAAUUCUUUUUUUUUUUUAACGAAGAAAAAACAAAAAAAUCGUAUAAUAGUCCAAUUACAGAUUUAAUUAUUCCACAAAUUAAGUGGGGGUUGUGUAAAGUGUUGGGUUACAGGGAAGUGAUUUUUAACUUAAAAACGAAAGCCACACAAAAAAAUGUUAUAAACAAGAAAAACACAAAAAUUAAGAUAUAAUUCCAUAAGUGAUCGAUGUGCUCUGCAUAUCAAGGCUGUGUGAGUGUGUGCGAUAGAUUCUCAUCUGGACAUUGUAAUUCAGAGACAGGACAACUGGCAUUUUUCCACUUGUUUGAAUGAUAACUAUGUUAAUUAUUCCCCCUCUUCUCUCGCAGAACUUUCUGAACUACAGUGUCUUUCUCUACCUCUGACCCAGGAUUAAAUCAGAGAGAUACGUUACUAUAUUUUUUAACCAAGACGACUAUUACUCAAAAAAAUUUAACAAUCGGAUGACUUUAAUUUUGCGUUGAGUGCGAGAACUGAAUUGACAUCAGUAAGAGCUGAGCAACAAAGACUUAAACGUAUUCAGUAUUCUGACUAAAAUAACACUUCCAAUUGAGAUUCUGCCACCUGGGUGCAAUUUCCAAAACUUCCCAGUUGCUUUUUUAAUUUCUAAAAGUUCUCCAUUGCUUUUUAAAUUAGCACUCUUUGCUUAUUUAGUAAAAAUUAGAUUCCGGUGUGCUUAAAAUCUUCACCAUUUGAAAUUUUAAAGGUGGCACUAUCUCUGAUAGGCUGAGGACAAACUGGAACGAUAGCUCUCUCAUGAUUUGGUAGACGUGUCCUAGAUUGAUAAGCUUGGUUCAGUGCAGAGCUAAGUUUGCAGUGAACUUGAGCAAAUAGAGCACAAUAACACAGCUGUUGAUUCUUUUAAAUUUC